AGAUUGCUCUCUUUUUUAUUAAAGUCGUUCCAAGGACAAAACCUCUGCCCAGCCAGAUUUAGCAAUGGCCCCUGCUAAAUUCACAUACUUCAACGUCACAGGACUUGGUGAGACCAUUAGGUACCUGCUUUCUUAUGGCGGGGUCGAGUUUGAAGAUGUUCGGGUCACAGGAGAAACUUUCGCCACCAUGAAAGAGAAACUCCCACUUGGUCAGCUCCCUAUUCUGGAGUUUGAGGGAAAAACCCUCUUCCAGUCUAUUUCCAUUGCGCGUUUCUUGGCCAACCGAUUCAACCUCGCUGGUAAGGACGAGUGGGACAAGGGAACCUGCGAUGUUGCUGUCGACACAAUCAUGGAUUUGCGAAAUGCUCUUCACGGGUUCGCCUAUGAAAAGGACGAAGCGGUCAAGAAGCAGAAGCGCGGUGACGCGAUCACCAAGGCAAAUUACUUGGUCGGAAAACUUGAAGGAUUCCUUGCCAAAAACGGAGGUCAUUUCUUGAAAGAUGAACAGCUGUCUUGGGCUGAUAUUCACCUUGCAGCAUUCGCUGGCUACUUGAACCACAUGGCCGGAGAAGAUUUGUUUAGUGCCGCUCCCAAAAUCAAGGCGCUGAAGGCCAAAAUUGAUGCUCUUCCUGCUAUCAGCAAGUACUUGGAAAAGAGGCCUGCUGUGUCAUUUAACGUUCUGGAAGCGAACAGCAACUUUGCAAAAAGCCGGCAAUUAAUUGAAUCUCACGUUUAUUUCCCAAAAAUGGCCCCAACUAAACUGAUUUAUUUCGACGUGACCGCCCUUGGCGAGCCCAUCCGCUACAUCCUUCACUACAGUGGCACAGAGUUUGAGGACGAGCGCCUCACGAGUGAGCAGUUUGCUCCAAGAAAGCCAACAUUCCCCUUCGGAAAAUUGCCGGUGCUGGAGAUCGAUGGCAAAACCCUUCACCAGUCUGUGGCUAUUUGCCGAUACUUGGCGAAGAAGGCUGGACUUGCUGGAAAGGACGAAUCUGAUGCGCUGCAAUGCGACAUUAUUGUCGACACCAUUGGAGAUAUGAGGACCGCUAUGGCCGGAUUCCACUACGAGGCCAACGAGGAGGCCAAAGUUGCCAAAAAGGAGCUGGCUUUGAACACCACGGUUCCGUACUAUUUGGAGAAGUUUGAAACUAUUCUCAAGGAAAAUGGUGGUUACUUCGUAAAUGGACAGCUGACCUGGGUCGACUUCUGGUUCGCUGGCCUGGUUGACUAUCUGAACUACAUGGCAGGCACUGACAUUUUGGCCUCUAGCCCAGGACUCCAGGCUCUGAAGGCCAAGGUCGAGGACCUGCCUGCUAUCAAAAAAUACUUGGCAUCCCGCCCUGCUGUUCGCUUCUAAAGCAGCAUCUUGUGCGUCAUGUUUUUGGCCAGCUAAUUAGUCACUUGAAACCAAUUAUUAUUUUUCUACCAAAACAAUCAAAUUGUAUUGAAUCUCAAAAAAUAAAACUUACUUUUUAAAAGCCA